AUGCCUAAUCGGCAUCCUCUCAGCAUCCUCUCAGCAUACAUGACCGGCAACCAGGUUCUUCCGGCCUUUCGCCUGAUUCAACCAGCAUCCGGCAUCACCAAUGUCGAGACUGGGAAACCGCCUCGACACGGUUCACGACAACCACCAUCAUACUACCAUGCUACUUCCGCAUCCUUCUACUGUGUGCCAGGCGAUAGGGAGUUGACCCCAUGGACAGCAAUUCCAAAUCGCAUACCACAUACGUCCUCGGCCCACACUGUCCCGCAGCCCCGGAGCGGCCAACCCCAAUAG